AUGCUACCCACAAUCGUCGGCUGCCCCGGUGCCUGGCACACCGCAGGCUUCUUCGACGAGCUCGCCACCAGCUUCCGCGCACGCGGCUACAACUUCGUCAGCCAGGACGCGCCGGGCGUGCUUGAUCUGGCGAACGGCUUCGACGCCUCGGCAGACAAGGAUGCUGACUCGCUGCGGGCGAACCUUCUCGUGCCACUGAUCGAGUCAGGGCAAGACGUCGCGCUGCUGAUGCAUUCGUACGGCGGAGUUUACGGAGCAGCAGCGGUGCGCGGGCUGAGUAAGGGCGAGCGGCAGCAGGCGGCGGGCCACCAAGCGGUUGGCGGUGUCGUGGGCCUGAUCUUCGUCAGCGCCGUCACGCCGGUGGCCGGCAAGUCGACGCUGGACAUGAUGGGCACCGACAAGGAGCAUCUGCCGCCUUGGGUGGACUACGAUGACACUACCGGAUUCGUCGCCUUCAGCGGCGCUCGGGACGUCAUGUACCACGACCUUGCCGAGCCGAUCGCCGCACGCUUCCUCUCCAUGGUCAGGCCGCAGGCCCUGAACUCGCUUAACUCGCCUGUCAGUUACUCGCCAUUGGCGGACCCGUUCUUCGCAAACAAGUCCGCAUACGUCCUCUGCGGAGCUGAUCGAGUCAUCCCGCUUGCCGGACAGGAGGCCUACGCGGCGUUGGGUGGGAUAGAGCGGACGGUGUUGGUGCCGCAGGCAACCCAUGCCUUCUUCGCCACGGCUCAGGAGGAGGUGGUGGACGCAACAGUCAAGCUCCUUGAAGAUAUUCGCGCGGCGAACGAAUGA